GAUCAUGUUCAAGAUCAAAUCUGACGCAAAUACUUCUCUAUAAAUACCAUAACGUGGAAGUAUCAAUCUCAUAAUUUCCACGACGCAAUCACUAACAAACUCAUUAGAAAAAAAAGAAAGAAAGAAACGAAGAUGUUUUACUAUGUGAUUGUUCUCCCGUUAGCUCUCUUUCUCUUGGCUUACAAAUUCAUAUUCACAUCCAAAACGCAGCGUUUCAACCUCCCGCCUUCUCCCCCUUACUCUCUCCCUAUCCUUGGCCACCACCACCUCCUCAAACCCCCGGUCCACCGUCUCUUCCAACGCCUCUCGAAAACCCACGGCCCGAUAUUCUCCCUGAGAUUCGGCUUUCGCCGCACCGUCGUGAUCUCCUCCUCCUCACUCGCAACAGAAUGCUUCACGGGCCAAAACGACGUCCUUCUAUCAAACCGCCCUUGUUUCCUAACCGCAAAGUACGUCGCAUACAACUACACAACCGUCGGAACCUCUCCUUACGGCGACCACUGGCGAAACCUCCGCCGCAUCUGCUCCCUCGAAAUCCUCUCCUCGAACCGUCUCACCAACUUCCUCCACAUCCGCAAAGACGAGAUCCGCCGUAUGCUCACGCGCCUCUCUCGCGAGGUGGUCAACGGGGAGAUCGAGCUGGAGCCGCUCUUGUCCGACCUAACGUUCAACAACAUCGUGAGGAUGGUCACGGGGAAGAGAUAUUACGGAGACGAAGUCCAUAACGAGGAAGAAGCGAAUCUUUUCAAGAAACUCGUCGCUGACGUUAACGAUUGUAGCGGCGCUAGGCAUCCCGGAGAUUACUUGCCUUUCCUCAAGAUAUUCGGACGGAGCUUCGAGAAGAGAGUGAAAGCCGUUGGAGAAGCCAUGGAUGAGAUCUUGCAGCGUUUGCUUGAUGAGUGUAGAAGAGACAAAGACGGUAACACUAUGGUUAACCAUCUGCUUACGUUGCAACAACAAGAGCCUGAUUAUUACACUGACGUCACUAUCAAAGGCCUUAUGCUGGGUAUGAUGAUCGCUGGAACAGAUACCUCUGCAGUGACGCUAGAGUGGGCGAUGGCAUGUUUAUUAAACCAUCCAGAGUCAAUGGUAAAAGCAAAACAGGAGAUUGACGAGAAAAUCGGACAAGACCGUUUAAUCGACGAGCCAGACUUAGCGAACUUGCCUUACCUUCAAAACAUAGUGUCUGAGACAUUCCGACUAUACCCGGCGGCGCCGCUCUUGGUGCCGAGAUCGCCGACGGAAGACAUCAAAGUCGGAGGGUACGACGUUCCACGUGGCACAAUGGUGAUGGUGAACGCUUGGGCUAUACAUAGAGAUCCAAACCUCUGGAACGAACCGGAGACGUUUAAACCGGAGAGGUUUAACGGUGGAGGAGAAGACGUUCAUAAGUUGAUGCCGUUUGGAAAUGGACGGAGAUCGUGUCCUGGAGCAGGACUAGGCCAGAGGAUCGUGACGUUGGCGUUAGGAUCGUUGAUUCAGUGCUUUGACUGGGAAAAAGUCAACGGGGAAAAGAUCGAUAUGACUGAGACUCCGGGGAUGGCGAUGCGUAAGAAGGAACCUUUGCGUGCAUUGUGUCGUUCUCGGCCCAUUAUGAAUAAACUUCAGGCCCGUUUAGAAAGUGUGUGAAGGGUCGAACGAAUGGAAUACUUGUCUUAUGGCUCUCUGAUGUUAUUUUCAGCACAGAUUACUUUAUAAAAGUUUGUUGUUUUAAGGUGCUGUGCAAAACAAAAGAAGUAUUACAUGCUUCUUUUAUUUGGAGAUCUGAUGCUAAAAACUCUUGUUGUAUUCUUAUUCUGUUUUUGUUCAUUGCUCUGUUUCUGAGCUAUCAAUUUAUGUAUUUUAAAAAACGUUGCUUAAGAUACAUUUUCA